UCCGUUUCAAAAACAAAGAAAGUUUCGAACUGUUUCUUUACUUAAAGAAACGUGUUCUACAGUCGUUCAGAAACGCUGCUGAGUGUAUAAGAAGUCACGGCAAGAUUUGGACAACAUUUUAAAGCGAUGAUAGAAGAAAUCGAAUGUGCAUGCGAGUUUUUGUAUGCGAGCAUUCGUGCGCAGAGUGGCACAAUGUUGACAGAGGAACAGUUAACGAAUUAUAAAGCAGUUUUAAAACAAUUGAUCGUCGACAAAUUCACGAAUCAUUGGUAUCCAGAUAAACCGAUGAAAGGGAAUGGCUUUCGUUGCGUGAAUAUGGACGCAAACGUUGUCGACCCGAUCAUACAAGAAGCUGCUGAUCUAAGCAAUAUAUCGAAAGACAUUUUCCUUUUGGUGUUUCGUUUUGGACUGGCACUGUGGAUUGAUCCGGGAGAUGUGUCGUUCUGUACUGGUCGUUGCUCAAACAUCGUUACGCUUUAUAAAUCAACUACGCAUUUCAGUUGUAUACCAAUUCAUAGAUACCAACUUCCUAUUCCGAAUUCGCAAUUCUAUCCGCCCGUUUACACAAUUGCAGCGAACACAAUGGACUUAUGGAAGUGCAAGAAUUUGAUUUCAUAUCCACAACUUACGAGCUGGCAACUGAGACAAAUACUUGAACGUCUUAGUCGUGAAAGCUUUUACCAGUACUGGGCAGGCGUACAUUAAAACUAGCUCCUAUUUUAUUAAGCAGGUGACUCAAGUAACAAAGCAAAUGACUAAAAUUUAUAUUGGUGUAAUUUUAUAUUAAAUAUGUUUUUGAAUAUCUCUAGAAUAGUGUUCAUAUUUCACGGACAUGUGUUAAGUUAAUAUCGUGAUAGCUUUUACUGGGCAAAGCACAAACUAUUUUAUUAAACAGGUGACUCAAGUGACAAUUAAAAUUUAUAUUGGUGUAAUUUUAUAUUAAAUAUGUUUAUAGAAUAUAAUCUCUAUGUUAUGUUAUAAAAGGAAUUGGUGUAUUUCAAUUAUUUGGAAGAGUUUUUCUAUAUUUCGUAAUUAGAAAAUUUGAUCUUCAUAUUUUUUGGCGCUCAAAUUGGUGCCACGUGACGUCAUUUCAAGAACAAGUCAGAACAACCAGUGUGACCAGAUUUGGUAAAAAGUUUUACUUUUGGUAAAAUUUCGUGAAUUUUCAAGAAAAUUUGGUAAUAAGUUUCUUUUUGGUAAAAUUUUUCUAAAAUCUGAAAAUUGGUAAUGUUUUUUUUGGUAAAAUCUGAAAGGUUUUAAUUAUUAACAAUCAUUUUGGUAAAAAUGUGUGUUUCUUGUUUUAUAAUAACGUGCUCAAAGUGAUGAACAGAACUGCCAAGCCUACGAAAUAAACAUUAGCAAAAACUGCAAUACGAUGAAAGUAACAAGUAUUUCAACAUACCUUUUUGGGCAUACUUUGAUGACACAACUAUUGUUUUUUGGCAUUAUUAUAACGUAAUUAUUUGGGAAGACCUGACCGCGUAGCUCAGUUGGCAGAGCAUUGGGCUAGUAUUCUAAAGGUCGUAGAUUCGAUUCCCACCGUGGCCAGGCAUAUUUUUC